CUGUAGAGAAGCCCAAUGGGCCGUGCUGCUUUGGCGGGUUUCAAGACUCCAUCUCCAGUUCCGAAGAAGGAAGAAGAAGAAGCAAGCAAGCAGGGAGGGAGGGAGCGGAGAGGGAUGGCUUCUUCAGCGGCGUUUCGGGAAUUGCAGAGGGACCUCGAGAGCAAAGCCAACGAGCUCAGCAAGCUCCAGAAAGAGAUUGCUUCGCAUCACCAGAGGAGGAAGACCUACACGAUCCAGCUCGGGGAGAACGAGCUCGUACAAAAGGAGUUGGAUUUACUAAAUGAAGGAGCGAAUGUGUACAAAUUGAUCGGUCCGGUGCUGGUAAAGCAGGAUUUGGCUGAGGCGAAUGCGAAUGUGCGGAAAAGAAUCGAGUACAUGACUGGUGAACUAAAGCGUCUUGAUGCGAUCCUACAAGAUUUGGAAGAGAAACAAAAUAGCAAGAAAGAAGGGAUCUUGAAGUUGCAGCACAGGCUUCAAUCGCUGCAGGCAGGGAAAGCAAAGGCGUAAAAUCAAAGUCAUUACCUGCCUUAAACCAGUGUUAGCUUCUUUUUUGGUAGAACCAGUUCACCCAUUCUGCUCUUGUUUGCUUGUACCAUUCCCUACCUAAGCUUAAAUGCUUUUUCGAGAUCCAUGCCGAUGCUAUUGCCCCAUUAGGACUCUUCUGCUUUAUCUCCUAAAUUUAUGUUAAAUCUUGUGUGAUGAUAGACCGGAUGCAAUUGUGUUGUAGAAUACAUACAGAAAUUUUCCUUUCA